AUGGGGCGAGGCCCUAUGCUUGUUCGUUGCUGGCUGAUGCCCGAUCGACUCUUUUGUUGUACGCCAUCGUGCUCUCUUUAUGUCCGCGUAAUACAGGCUCUCUUAUGUCUGCGUAAUACAGGCUCUCUUUAUGUCUGCGUAAUACAGGCUCUCUUUAUGUCUGCGCUCUCUUUAUGUCUGCGUAAUACAGGCUCUCUUUAUGUCUGCGUAAUACAGGCUCUCUUAUGUCUGCAUAAUACAGGCUCUCUUAUGUCUGCAUGUCUUUAUGUCUGCGUAAUACAGGCUCUCUUAUGUCUGCAUGUACAGGCUCUCUUUAUGUCUGCGCUCUCGUAUGUCUGCGUAAUACAUGCUCUCUUAUGUCUGCGUAAAUCAGGCUCUCUUUAUGUCUGCGUAAUAAAGGCUCUCUUAUGUCUGCGUAAUACAGGCUCUCUUUAUGUCUGCGUAAUACAGGCUCUCUUAUGUCUGCGUAAUACAGGCUCUCUUUAUGUCUGCGUAAUACAGGCUCUCAUAUGCUCUCUUUAUGUCUGCGUAAUACAGGCUCUCUUAUGUCUGCGUAAUACAGGCUCUCUUUAUGUCUGCGUAAUACAGGCUCUCUUAUGUCUGCGUAAUACAGGCUCUCUUUAUGUCUGCGUAAUACAGGCUCUCUUAUGUCUGCGUAAUACAGGCUCUCUUUAUGUCUGCAUAAUACAGGCUCUCUUAUGUCUGCGUAAUACAGGCUCUCUUUAUGUCUGCGUAAUACAGGCUUUCUUAUGUCUGCGUAAUACAGGCUCUCUUUAUGUCUGCGUAAUACAGGCUCUCAUAUGUCUGCGUAAUACAGGCUCUCUUUAUGUCUGCGUAAUACAGGCUCUCUUUAUGUCUGCGCUCUCUUUAUGUCUGCAUAAUACAGGCUCUCUUAUGUCUGCAUGUACAGGCUCUCUUUAUGUCUGCAUGUACAGGCUCUCUUAUGUCUGCAUAAUACAGGCUCUCUUAUGUCUGCAUGUACAGGCUCUCUUUAUGUCUGCAAUACAGGCUCUCUUAUGUCUGCGUAAUACAGGCUCUCUUUAUGUCUGCGUAAUACAGGCUCUCUUAUGUCUGCGUAAUACAGGCUCUCUUUAUGUCUGCGUAAUACAGGCUCUCUUAUGUCUGCGUAAUACAGGCUCUCUUAUGUCUGCGCUCUCUUAUGUCUGCGUAAUACAGGCUCUCUUAUGUCUGCGUAAUACAGGCUCUCUUUAUGUCUGCGUAAUACAGGCUCUCUUAUGUCUGCGUAAUACAGACUCUCUUUAUGUCUGCAUAAUACAGGCUCUCUUUAUGUCUGCGCUCUCUUAUGUCUGCGUAAUACAGGCUCUCUUAUGUCUGCGUAAUACAGGCUCUCUUUUAUGUCUGCGUAAUACAGGCUCUCUUAUGUCUGCGCUCUCUUUAUGUCUGCGUAAUACAGGCUCUCUUUAUGUCUGCGUUAUGUCUGCAGGCUCUCUUUAUGUCUGCGUAAUACAGGCUCUCUUAUGUCUGCGUAAUACAGGUUCUCUUUAUGUCUGCGUAAUACAGGCUCUCUUAUGUCUGCGUAAUACAGGCUCUCUUAUGUCUGCGUAA